CUAAAUUUAUCUUCAGACCCGGACCCCUCCGGCCGCGGGUCGGAUGUCUGUGGAGGUGGCCGGGGAGAUGCGUCCCUGAGCUGAGAGCAUCCCCCGCCCCAACCGCGACCCAUCCCGUCCCGUAUCCCUCUCUCCUGUGUCUUUGUCCUGGGUUUGUGUGUGUGUGUGUCGGUCCCUCCCUGCAGUCCGCGACGACGGGCCCUGGACCCCGCGUCCAGGCCUCGGUGAAGGUUUUUGGUUACUCCCUUUCCUACCCCAUUCCUUAAUUUUGUUCUUUUGAAGAGUCUACAUUUGAAGCUGCCAAGGUGGAGUGUGUGGUUGCAGGAGGGAGUACUCUUUAUUUCAGAAAGGUGUGCCAUGCCUGAGAGCAGAAGGAAGCGCAGGAGAGGUCACCUGAUAAAGAGCAUGUGAUGCUCCAACUCCACAUUGGCACAUAGGCAGACUUCACACAUUAACUGAUGAGUUUUCUAUCAUCUCUGCUCUUCACUAUACCCUGUCUUAUCCUCUCAACACUUUUGUGAGACUCAAUGUUUACUCUAAAUUAACCAUGUUUUGUGCCACAAACUCACUCCCCAUGGAUCUUUUGCUAAAACAAGCAAGGCUUAAACAAGAAGUAGAAUCUUUCUGUUACCAAAUUGUAUCUGAAUCGAACAACCAAAAGGUUGGAAUACUACAAAGUGAAGAUGAACAGUUGCAGCCUUCCAUUUCUAAAAAAUCCGAGGCUGAGCUCACCAGGGUGGAAUUUAUGUCUAGUUCCAACAAAAUAACAGCAUUUAGUAAGAAGCCAAAAAGAAGAAAAUAUGAUGAGAGUUACUUGUCCUUUGGAUUUACUUGCUUUGGAAAUAGAGAUGCACCCCAUGCUCAGUGUGUAUUAUGUAAAAAAAUUUUAUCAAAUAGCUCCCUAGCCCCUAGUAAGCUUCGAAGACAUUUAGAAACUAAGCAUGCUGCAUACAAAGACAAAGACAUCAGCUUUUUCAAGCAGCAUCUUGAUUCGCCUGAAAAUAAUAAACCCCCGGCUCCUAAAAUUACCAAUACAGAUAACGAAAGUGCAACAGAGGCAUCAUACAAUGUAAGUUAUCACAUAGCCCUGAGUGGAGAGGCGCAUACUAUUGGAGAAUUGCUUAUCAAGCCCUGUGCAAAAGAUGUUGUGAUGCGGAUGUUUGACGAACAUUAUAGUAAGAAAAUCGACGCAGUACAACUCUCGAAUAGUACCGUUGCUCGUCGGAUUAAAGAUCUAGCUGCUGACAUUGAAGAAGAGCUUGUCUGUAGACUGAAAAUCUGUGAUGGGUUCUCCCUGCAACUGGACGAAUCCGCUGAUGUCUCCGGACUUGCGGUACUGCUGGUGUUUAUCCGUUACAGGUUUAACAGGACUAUUGAGGAAGACCUACUCUUGUGUGAAUCUCUUCAGAGCAAUGCUACUGGUGAAGAGAUUUUCAAUUGCAUCAACAGUUUUAUGCAGAAACAUGAAAUUGAAUGGGAAAAAUGUGUCGACGUUUGCAGUGAUGCCUCUAGGGCAACGGAUGGGAAGAUUGCCGAGGCUGUCACCUUGAUAAAGUUUGUGGCUCCUGAAAGCACUAGCAGCCACUGCCUGUUAUAUCGGCAUGCACUCGCAGUUAAAACGAUGCCCACAUCUCUAAAAACUGUGCUCGAUCAGGCAGUGCAGAUCAUCAAUUACGUUAAAGCUCGGCCACAUCAGUCUCAACUGCUAAAAAUUUUAUGUGAGGAGAUGGGCGCUCAGCACACGGCUCUUCUUCUCAACACGGAGGUCCGGUGGCUUUCCCGAGGCAGAGUCCUCGCCAGACUCUUUGAACUUAGGAGGGAACUAUUGGUUUUCUUGGAUUCUGCUUUUCGACUCUCUGGUUGUUUAACGAAUUCAUCUUGGCUGCUACGACUUGCAUAUCUUGCUGACAUUUUCACUAAGUUAAAUGAGGUUAACCUGUCAAUGCAAGGAAAAAAUGUGACAGUUUUUACAGUGUUUGAUAAGAUGUCGUCAUUGUUAAGAAAACUGGAAUUUUGGGCCUCAUCUGUAGAAGAGGAAAACUUUGAUUGUUUUCCUACGCUCAGUGACUUUUUGACUGAAAUCAAUCCUGCAUUUGAUAAAGAGGCUGGCAGUGCAAUUGUGCAGCAUCUGAGGGGUUUACGCACUACUCUCCUAAAAUAUUUUCCUGGAACAAAUGACAGUAAUGCUUGGGUUAGAAAUCCGUUUACAGUAACUGUUAAACCAGCUUCAUUAGUAGCACGGGACUAUGAGAGCCUGAUUGAUUUAACAUCUGAUUCUCAAGUAAAACAAAAUUUCAGUGAGCUAUCACUGAGUGAGUUCUGGAGUGGCCUACUUCAAGAAUACCCCAGCCUUGCAAGACGCGCCAUUUGCGUACUUCUUCCUUUUGCUACAAUGCACUUGUGUGAAACGGGAUUUUCGUAUUAUGCUGCAACAAAAACAAAAUACAGGAAAAGACUUGAUGCUGCGCCUCAUAUGCGCAUCCGGCUCAGCAACAUCACACCCAAUAUCAAACGCAUAUGUGAUAAAAAGACACAGAAACACUGUUCUCAUUAAAACUGGAGAGGUUUGCAUGUCUCCUGGUAACCAAAUGUAAGAUGAAAAUAAAAAUGAUUUGCUUCAUCUCCAGUAUUGGGGCUUGCCGAAACUAAAUCGAAAAUUUAAACUUGUUGGCAUUUCUUGGGAAUUUCAAAAAAGUCCAUGGUUGUAAUAGGAAAAUGGUUAUCCUGAAAAUAAAAUUCCAGUUCUUUAAGUAGCACUUGAAGAGCUAAUCGCUACA